AUGGUUCAAGGGCCUAUGGGAAACUGUGCCAAGCGGCCCCGACACCGGGGGCCUAAGGACUGCCGGCAGUGGCCUGGCUCCCCGCCAAGGGGGUCCCGCCAUGGCCUGGGCCCCAGCCCUGAGGAGCUGGGGAGCCCUGGGCCGGGUGUCCAGGGCUGCUACUCCGUGCUCAGCAGCCUGGUGGGGCCUGCCUGCGUCUUCCUGCGGCCCAGCAUCGCCGCCACCCAGCUCGACCGGGAGCUGCAGCCAGAGGAGAUUGAAGAGCUGCAGGCCGCCUUCCAGGAGUUUGACCGAGACCGGGAUGGCUAUAUCGGCUGCCAGGAGCUGGGAGCCUGCAUGCGGACACUGGGCUACAUGCCCACAGAGAUGGAGCUCAUCGAGAUUUCACAGCAAAUCAGUGGCGGGAAGGUGGACUUUGACGACUUUGUGGAGCUGAUGGGCCCCAAGCUGCUGGCUGAGACUGCGGACAUGAUUGGCGUCCGGGAGCUGCGGGACGCCUUCCGGGAGUUCGACACCAACGGGGACGGCUGCAUCAGCUUGGGUGAACUCCGGGCGGCCCUGAAGUCCCUGCUGGGAGAGCGGCUCAGCCAGCGGGAUGUGGACGAGAUCUUCCAUGACAUCGACCUCAACGGGGACGGCCUGGUCGACUUUGAAGAGUUUGUGCGAAUGAUGUCUCGCUGAGCCUGUACAGAAGCUGGAGGCAGCAGACAGGACUUGGCACCAGAGCCACUGCCUGCCAGUGUGAUCCUGGAGCCCCUCACCUCCAGCUGGGACCCUCAUCCUCUCCUCCCUGCCCCCGCCUGUGUGCCACACCCUUGCCUGCCCUCACCUCCACCCCCACUCGUCCACCAAGCCCCCUUGCCCGUCUCUAUUUCUCUGACAAUAAAGCAUCUUUGAGCAGCUUCCA